UGUGGUCAACCUGGCCAGUAUGUAUGGGCGGAUGGGCAAUGCCCUGCGUUCUCCAUACUGCGUAUCUAAAUAUGGCGUGGAAGCGUUCUCCGACUGUCUACGUUACGAGAUGAAGGCCUGGGGGGUCAAGGUCUCCGUCAUCGAGCCGGGGAACUUCAUUGUGGCAACGGGCAUCCUGACCCGGGACAUUGUGGCGACCACGGCUGAUAAACUGUGGCGCGAGGCGCCCCCUGGUGUCCAGGAGGACUAUGGCCACGCCCACUUCGACAAGCACAUGGCUCUGAUGAGGUCAUACUGUAGCAGCGGACAGAAAGAUGUCCAGCCCGUCCUAGAUGACAUCACCGACGCCAUCACUUCACGCCGCCCGUUCACGCGCUAUAACCCCAUGGAGCCUCACUGGUGGAUCAGGAUGCAGGUGAUGACACACCUACCGGCCGCCAUCUCUGACCGUCUCUACUUCUGAACUGGAGAAUCUCCAAUCGUCUCCAUACG